CUGCACAUCCACCACACCCGCCACACUUGUACCAUGCGCACCUCUCUCUUCACCACCGCCCUCGUCGUCGCCGCCGCCUCGAGCGCCAUCGCCGCCCCGGCCGACGUUUACGACAAGCGCCAGUUCGGCGGCCUCACCUCGGUCCUCGGCGAUGUCACGAGCGUCGCGGGCGACAUCACGAGCGGCGCCGCCGGUGCUUUCUCGACCCUGACGAGCGGCGCCGUCGGAGCCUUCUCGACCCUGACGAGCGCGGGCGCGACUGGCUUCGAGUACGUCACCUCGGGCGCCGACGGCGUCCUGUCGACCGUGACCUCGUUCGGCGAGGGCGCCUUUUCGUCGGCGACGAGCGGCGCCGCCGGCGCGUUCAGCACGGCGACGAGCGGUGCGGCGGGCGCGUUCAGCACCGCGACCGACGGUGCUGGCAGCGUCAUCUCGCAGGGCACGAGCGGCGCCGCGGGCGCCUUCAGCUCGGCGACCGACGGCGCCGGCAGCGUCGUUUCGCAGGGCACGAGCGGCGUGCAGCAGGCAACGUCGGCUGUUGCCGGCGGCUCGAACCCGGCGGCCAAGCUCUCGUUCUCGCCCGUCGCCUUCCUGUCGGCCGUCCUCGUGAGCGGCGCGGCCCUCGCCGGCGGCGCUUUCGUCCUCGCCUAAGCCGAGCCCGGCGCAUGGGUCGAAGCGUCCGUCGACGGGAGGCUCCGGCCCUCUCGCCCGAACCGGACCCACCGCCAAUCUCGCGCUUCUCCGGCCCCUUCCUCGACCUUGUCGCGCGAGCUCUGGCUCCCCCUUCCUCCAGCCUUUCAACUAUCCCCCCUUCUCUCACCUCGCUAGUACAUACACCCUCUCUCUGCCUCUCGACCUGAGCCUGCAAUGCCCGUCGUCCUGCGUC